UGCACAGAAAAGGAAGUUAAGGCUUUCUGAAGAGUAUAUAACUGUCAGCUCUGUUUGACCCAGAGGUUUCUCAGAAAGCUCUCAUCAUGUACUUGUUGGUGGUGGUCAUCUCUCUACUGCUGAGCUCUGUUCCUGUUCAGAGUCGUACUAUUCAGGAUAUAAUUGAAAAUAUCUCUGGGGAGACAGGUGACAUCACUAAGAAAGAUGAUAAUGCAGUGUCAACUAUAAUUGAAAACACCAAAAAUGCAGGACUGGAACAGGACAGGCCUUUGUUUGGAGACAUCGCCGUAGCAAGCGGGCUGGAGAAUGCAGAUCCAUGUACUGCUCGUGGGUGCAAAUGGGAUAGAAGCAGAGAUGGAAAUGUCUAUGUGCCCUACGUCAUCUCCAACCAGUACUCUCCAGCUGAAGUAGGAGUGAUUAAAAGAGGUAUGAAGUCUUUUGCGGAAGUUUCCUGCAUUCGAUUCGUACCUCAUCAAGGGCAGAGGAACUUUCUACGCAUACAGUCUAAAUCUGGAUGCUAUUCAUAUUUGGGCCGCCAACGUCAAGGACAGGUUGUUUCUCUCCAGCGUCCUGGGUGUGUCUAUCACUAUAUUGUUCAGCACGAACUCCUUCAUGCUCUCGGGUUUCAUCAUGAACAGAACCGCAGUGACCGUGACAAACACAUCCGAAUCCUUUAUGAGAACAUCUAUCCUGCAAUGCAGCACAAUUUCAAUAAAGCAGACACCAACAAUCUGGGUACCCCCUAUGACUACAACUCUGUGAUGCACUAUUCAAGGAAAGCUUUCUCCUGGAAUAAUGAGCCAACCAUGAUUCCCAUUCCUGACAGUAACGUUGUGAUUGGUGAAGCUAAACAAAUGAGCCCCAAUGACAUCCUACGCAUUAACAGACUCUACUGCAGUUAAGAAAAGUGCUGAUGGGCUGUAUGAAGAACGUGUUUGUUCAUCCUUUUUUCCUAGCAUUCUUUUUAAAGCUUUCCUUUUUGCACAUCACAGUGUCAAGUGAUUUUACUUAUUCUAUUAUUAUGCAUCCUAAAAAAAAAAAUUAUAACAGCUUGUCUUUUUUCCUUUUUUGGCAAUCCUUUUUCAGUAGUAAAGCUGGUGAAUACAA